GGGGGGGGGUGGAUGGAUAGCAGCUCUCGAGCCAAAAAUCUCUAAUUUAGGGUAUGCGCUGAACCUUCAUCAACCAAUUCCUAGCCGGAUAAACCCUAAAGAAAGGGAAGCCGCCUCUCUUUUGCCUCUAUUUCUCCGCAAAACCCUAGAAAAUGUCGGACCACCUUCCUCAAGACCUGCUGAUCGACAUCCUCACACGACUACCCGCCGAGUCUCUGGUGCGGCUCACUCCCGUUUCCAAGUCGUGGCACUCCCUCAUCACCAGCCCCAAGUUCAUCUCCCGACAUCUCCUUCGAACGGCGUCGAACCCCGACAACGAUCGCCUCCUCGUUCGCUACCGCACCGACGAGCCCAAGCGAGAUCACUACUCUCUGGUGGUGGACGGUAAGGACUCGUUCCAUCUACUCAAAACCCUCGAUUUACCUGUCGGCGCUUUCGAGUCUUUGGGUUACUCUGUUGUUGGUAGCUGUAAUGGGGUUAUCUGCCUGUCUGAUGAUCAGGAAUAUGGUUACACGGACGAUAUGUUCCUGUGGAAUCCCUCUAUUAGGAAGUUUUUUGCUAUUCCGAGAUAUAAUGUCACGUUUCAAUCGCACGGCCCCUUUAUGCAUUGUGUAGGGUUUGGAUACGAUCCCGUCACAGACGACUUUAAGGUGGUUAGAGUUGUGCAUACGGGUGUGGAUUGUGAUAGGAUUCCGCCGGAGGUUGAGAUUUACACUCUCAAGACUGGUCGUUGGCGGUAUAUAAGUGAUAAGGCGCUUCCGGUAAAGAUUAUGGAGCGAUAUCGGCAGGCUUAUUUUAAUGGGGCUGCACAUUGGAUGGCAUUUACUCGGGGUCCUUUUCGCCACACAAUCUUGGCGUUCAACAUGAGUGAAGAGGUUUUUAACGAGAUAUUUGUUCCGGAGAGUAUUACCCAUGAUGUGAGUCUUUACAAUAAGAUUACACUCUCUGUAUUUAAGGAAUCACUUUGUUUGAUCCAGUGUGUAUAUCGCAAUGACCGGCAUUGUUCGGUUUGGAUUAUGAAGGAGUAUGGCGUGGCAGCUUCUUGGGCCAAUCUAUUCAGAAUUGAUCUUUGUGGAGGUUUGAGCAGGCCCCUUGGGUUGAGGAAAAGUGGCGAAGUUAUAUUUGCAACUGAUGAUGGGAAUUUGGUUUCUUGCGAUCACCAGACCAAGCACAUUACAUAUGUUGGAAUAUGUGGCAAAUUUGGCGACGGGUUCUCUCACAUAUUUUACCCGGAUUCUUAUACGGAGAGCCUGGAAUUACUAAAUGUGCUGGAAAGUUCUGAAAAUGAAGUUGUUAGUGGCCAGAAAGAAGAAGAAAAAGAAGGAGGAGGAGGCAAACAAGAAGAAGCAAAAGGAAGCAGCCUGUUGCGAGCCGGAUACCAUCUCCUGAGCCCUAAUAGGCCGCCAAAUGGCUACCUUCUUGAUUUCUGAACAGGCCUUCACAUCUAGCUGCUCCUGGAUUACCUGUUGCUCCACCACUUGAGUCUACUGUUUUUUUUGUUUUUGUUUUUUGUUUAGAAUGAGAGAAUUAGGUACAUUUGCUAAAGGAUAUUGGAACGGGUCUUGGAUCUCUUGUAUAGGAAGUAAUAUUUCUAAUACUUGGGCAUUUGGAGUCGACAUUUGCAAUUAGAACCCUUGUUAUAAGCAAAGGCGAGAGAUUUGUCAGUUCUAAGUAACCUCGCUAGCUAGUGUGUAAUUCAUGUUCAUCUAGCUCGUGUUGGUACUUGCAUAUAUAUAUAUGUGUGUGUGUGUGUGUGUGUGUGUGUGUGUAUACAUAUGUAACUCCUUGUAGAUAUGCAUAUAAUGAGGAUCGAAUUGAACGUACUCUUU